AUGUCCCUCGACGAGCCGCUCCACCUUGAGAUCCUCAGCGCGCUUGCGUCUAACCUCGCGCGCGACGGCCACGAGCAUGACAUUUCUGUCCUCUCAGACGGCCUGCCUAAUGUCGCGCCCCCGGUCGACGAGGACGACGCUUGGUCCACCUUCGAGAUCAACCACGCCAUCUCCUAUGCGCACUAUGUGACAUCCCUUCCCGCAACCUCGCCCUACCUCGCCACGGCCCUGCCAGAGCUGCGCCGUCUUCUCGGGGGUCUUGUCGCGCAAGGCGCGCCUGAGGCUGGGUCCAGCACCGGGGCAGCGCCGGGAACGAGCGACGCUCACGCACUUCUGCUCGACGCGCUGCUCAAAGCUAUCUUCUGGGUCGGGUGGAGCGUUGACAGCCUCGCGGCCGAGGCGGGCACCGUCGUUGCGCAGCUCCUCGAGAGUACCAGCAAUCUCAUGCCGACCUCUCCGAUCUUCGCCGGCGUGAUCGUGUCUGCGGUGCACAACGUCCUUUCCUAUGUUCCCCUUCCUUCCCUCCCGCCACCAGUUACCGCUCACCUCCUUUCGGCCGUAGUGGCCAUCGGCCAGCCGGCCGCCGUGCACAAUGCCGUGCAAGAGGGCGCAAGAAGCUACACGCCCGCCUUCAACACCGCGGCCCACCCUGCGUCGCCUGCCGGCGUCGCACUCCUCAUUACGGAGAUCGCGAACAUCGUCUUGGUGCGCGCGCUAGCGCCGGUGACUGAGGUCGACCAGGCCGUGUUCGCCAGCGCCACGCACACCAUUGCGCAGGAAGAUAAUCUCACCUCUCCAGUGUGGAAGAGUCAGACCCAGGCGCUUCUCGCUGACCCUGUUGUGGACGAUCAGCUUUCCGACUUCAGCGCAGGUGUAGAGGCUCUCGAGGCGACGAACAAAUUCGCCCUCAUGUGGUGGACCGAGCUCAUGGAGCCUGAAGGCCCAGGUUUCUGCAACAUCUCCCGUAUGCUCGGCAGCCACGACGCCGAGGAGGAGGUGUAUAUCACUGUCGCCGUGCUGCAUCUCCUCAAUCUCCUUGGCCUGCACAAGCACAUCACCGAGGCGCCGCAGGUCGCGCGCCUCAAGAACAUCCUCUCCGAGCAGUCAACUAUCUCCGACGCGCGUGUGCUGCAGGGCGCAUUUGUUUGUCUUGCCAUCAUGGUGCGCAAUUUCCCCGAACUCGGCAAUGGGCUCGUGCACCACCUCCGCCGCCUGCUCAUGAGUCCAUUGCCGGCACUCGAGAGCGAGUUCAACGGAUCGGGCAUGGAGCUCUCCCCGACCAUCCGCGCCGCGUCAACCGCGCUCGCGAUGUGCAUUGAGAUGUCGUCGAAUGACGACGCCAUUUCGUCUACUCUCUACUCUCUCCUCGGCGUGCUCAACCACGGCACGACGAUCGGCCCCGGUGCUGUGUCCGUGAGAUCCAUGCCCAAUGGCGACUAUCCCAGGUCCUUCGUGUCGGGCAAGCGUUCAGAGGAGCAGCGGCAGCUCAUCAGCACGACGGCCGUGGAGAUUGCUGCCCGUCUAGCUCUUGACACGGGUCGGGACGAUAUCAUUCACCUGGCCAUAUCGAUGCUGUUACAGCGUCUGCGCGGCGUCGACAUCGCGACCGAGUCUGCGAUCGUCACGAAUCUUGUCCCACUAGCCCUCGCCAGCUCACACGAUGAUUUGGUGGAAGUCUACCGCGCCUUCUCGCAGCUAUCCCGCUCAUCACAUCCCGAGGAUCCCAGGAUGUCCGCUAAUGCCGUUCUCGCGGCCCAGACCCGUCUCGCGAAGGGUCUUGGCAACCGUCUCUCCGCUGCCGACGGAUACCUGUCUGAGCUGCUCACCCUGUUCGCCGACAAGGGAACGCAGACCCAAAUGCUUAGCAUCUCGAGCACCCAUGGCAACGACAAGGAGAAGUACGCCCAACUGCGCGCGGACAGCGCGAAGCGUGCGAAGGACACGAAGGCACAGCUCGCGGCGUUGCUUCUGCCCAUCGCCGAGCUCUUGUCACACCCGACGUACCGACCCGACCACAACCCUUCGACCGAAACCGUUUCGCAGUUCCGCAAUAUGUGGCUGCUGUGCGUCGUGUUUGGUCUCAGCACCAGGAACGGCAAAUCGAUCUUGUCCGAGCAUGAGGAGAAUGCGCUGUCCAUCAUUGCCGGCAAGACUCCGGCCCUGUACCAGGAGCAGAACACUGACUUCGUGGGUAGCGACCUUGAGUACAACACGGUUUUGCGCAAGGACUUCGCGCAGUCGAUCAAUAGCCGCAUGCGUCAGACGCUAUCCGAGAUCCUCCCGUCGUCCAAGUACUCGUCGGACAUUCGCAACAUGUCGACGCCACAGCUCACGCUGUUGAUUGCCAUCAACGACCUCGAAGAGAUGCGGACAAUGCACUUACAGCCCUCGGUCACGCUGCAGUACUUCACCAACGACUCCGUGAACAAGAGCGCCAUGCUCGGUCCGCUCACCGGUAUCUCGACCAGACUGACCAGUGUCUUCCUUCGGCAGCUGAGUAUGCGCGCGGUGCAGCACUCCAUGCCGCCAUCCGUAAGCGAGGAGGUGCGCAAGAUUUUUGUGCUCUGCACCCACCGCAUGCGACGAGUUCGCGAAGCGGCGCUGCACGCGGCAAAGGCAGUGAUCGAGACGUUCUCGGCGCUCAUGUGUGACCGCAAGGUCGUAUUCACGCUGCUUGAGAUACUCACGCUCAUGCGCCGCUCAUGCGAAAUGCAGUACACAGACGAGUAUUCGCCCAUUCAUGAGUUCCGCUCGGAAAGGCUCGACCUCGUGCUCGUCCUUACCGACGACUACGCUGUGCGCAACGAGAUCACGUCUCAGUUGUACAGCGUCGCGCAGCGAUGGCUUACGCUCGCUAUCUCGCGUGCCCCGCUCGAGGUGCAGUCGACGCUGCAAUCAUACCUUAACGAGUCGCGCGACGUGCUGCUCAUCGACAGCGUCGAGAUGGGUGCCGGCCUAGCGCUGCACUUCUCGAAGGCGAUCUCCAGACUCGACCGGCAAGAGACCAUGAUGCCCGUCAUCGGCGGGUGGCAGUCUGACUGCUCGAACCUUGUCGUGAGCCAGUACGCCGCCAAGAACUACUACGACGGCGAGCUCAGUGGCGCUCGACACGUCCUGCGCGAGGGCCUGCAGUCAUUGCAGAAGGACGCACCGGCUAUCACGUCCAACAGGGAGCGUAUCGCGUUCAAGGCCCAAAUGGCGGAUGCCAUCAACAAGGUGCACACGAAGGAGGCGCUGUCGAUCGUCGAGAUCCGCAGGCUGCUCCUCCGUGCGGUAUCGGUGCUGAUCGCCUCGCCGCACAUGGACGCCGACAUCCUCCACUGUCUCGCCGAACUGCCAAUGGCCGUGUUCUCGCCGCUUUCCAUCGCGGCCGGUAUCGAUGCGUGGACUUGGCUCGUGCGCCAGCGCCCCGAGGCCGAGAUUGCGCUCAUGGGCGAGAUCUCGGCCGGGUGGCUCAGCACUAUUCGCGAGCACAAGGGCCUGUUUAGCAAGAGCAUGAACUACCGCGACCCCUUUGAGACGCCGAUCGAGUACACGCCCAGCGACAAGAAGAUCAUGGACGUCGAGAAGAAGAAGGCAGACCGCCUCCUCCGCCCACAUUUGCUGCUACUGCAGGUGCUGUCGUCGCAGUUCCAGGCCGUCAAGUACAGCGAGGCGGGGAUCAUGAUUUCGCUCGCACGCUUGAUGAUGCGCUCCCUCGGUGCGGCCGACCACAUGAGCACACACCCGCUUUCGCGGGAGGUCCGCUUUUCGCUGUUGCUCUUUGGCUUCCAGAUCCUUGCAAGCAGCAAGACUGAGGCGCUGCUGGAACUCCGCUUCCGCGACCUCCUCUUCCAGGCCUCAUUCGCAUGGUUUGCCAUCCGACCGCAAUGGUCGUUUGGUAGCGACCGCAUCCAGGUUGGCGCCGAGAUCAAGCUUUUGCAGGACUUCAUCGAGGCCGUUACGAAGGACAGCAUCCGUGGCGACCAUGCGACGACAUCUCUGCGCGACCGCGAUGCGGCGUGGCUCAUCCCGGGCUCGACAUCACUUCAGGACUACAUUGCACAGCACCGUGACCGCGUGAGACUCAUGCAGUUACUCGUUGAGAACGAGAUUCAGCGCCUCAACGUGUGGUAUAACCCGGCCAACGACCGUGGACGGAACCUCGUUCAGAGCAAUACCGUAGAAGCGAGCGUGUCGGCCGAAGAGUGGUCGAGCCUCGUUCGCAAGGCGUGGAGGCAGAACCCCGCCGUAGCCGUUCACAUGGCUGAGCGGUUCAAGAACGCGACAACCGUUACGCCCAGGCUCGUGAAACUGGUUCGUGCAGACCCGAAGGCCGUACUCCAUGUGCCUGAGGCGCUGCAAUACUUCCUCGGCGACAAGCUCGAGCCGUCGAUGCGCCGCAAUCUGCGCUGGCUGCUCAUCUGGGACAAGGUGCCGCCCGUCGAGGCCCUUGACUACUUCCAGCCGCGAUACGGGAACGAUCCUAUUGUUCUGCAGUACGCCAUGCGCGUGCUGGAGCAGCACCCCGUUGACUUGACCUUCUUCUUUGUGCCGCAAGUCGUGCAGGCGCUGCGCGCCGAUCCCUUGGGCUAUGUGGAGCGCUUCAUUUUCGAGACGUCCAAGAUCUCGCAGCUGUUCUGCCACCAGAUCAUCUGGAACAUGAAGGCGAACAUGUUCAAGGACGACAAUGGCGAGGAGCCCGACUCACUCAAGCCCACGCUGGAGCGGAUGGUCGACAGAAUCGUCGCCUCUCUCAGCGGCAAGGCACAGGAGUUCUAUAACCGCGAGUUUGGCUUCUUUGGCGAGGUUACGAGCAUCUCAGGCAAGCUCAAACCUUACAUCAAAAAGACAAAGCCGGAGAAGAAGGCCAAGAUCGACGAGGAGAUGGCCAAGAUCAAGCUGGAGAUCGGCGUGUAUCUCCCCUCCAACCCUGACGGUGUGGUCGUGGACCUGGACCGCAAGUCUGGUCGGCCGCUGCAGUCGCACGCUAAAGCGCCAUUCAUGGCUACCUUCAAGGUACGGAAGGAGCGCCUUGACCUGGAUGCGGUGAUCGAGGACACGGAUGCGCCCAAGGUGACCUAUGACGUCUGGCAGUCGGCAAUUUUCAAGGUCGGCGACGACUGUCGGCAGGACGUGCUGGCGCUCCAGCUCAUCGCGAUGUUCAAGAACGUCUUCACGCAGCUGGGUCUGACGCUCUACCUCUUCCCGUACCGCGUGACAGCAACGGCGCCGGGCUGCGGUGUUAUCGACGUGGUUCCGAACGCGACGUCGCGUGACGAGAUGGGACGCGCGCAGAUCAACGAUCUCGUUGAGUACUUUGUGGACAAGUACGGCGGCGUGGACACGGUAUCAUUCCAGCGCGCGCGCCUCAACUUCAUCCAGAGCAUGGCGGCUUACUCGGUCGCCUGCUACAUUUUGCAAAUUAAGGAUCGACACAACGGCAACAUCAUGAUUGAUGGGGAGGGGCACAUCGUGCACAUCGACUUUGGCUUCCUUUUCGACAUCGGUCCGGGCGGAAUCAAGUUUGAGGCGGGCAGUUUCAAACUUAACAAAGAGAUGGUCGCGCUCAUGGGCGGUGGAGAUAGUCAGGGGUACAGGAUGUUCACGGAGCUCACCGUCAAGGCGUUCCUCGCCAUCCGGCCGCAUGCCGACCAGCUCGUCGACACUGUCGCACUCAUGCUCGGCACAGGCUUGCCCAGUUUCAAGGGCGAGGGCACGAUUAAGCGCCUGCGCGACCGCUUCGCGCUGCACCUCAACGAGCGGGGCGCAAGCGAGUACAUGCUUGGCGUGAUCCACAAUGCGUUCAAGAACAUGCGGUCGGACAUCUACGACGGCUUCCAGAAGUACCAGAAUGGGAUUCCGUACUAG